UAAUUAGCUGGACAAAUAAUUUGAAUUUAAUGUAUCGUUAAACUGUUGCGGAAGUUGCUAUCGUUCAUUCAGCGUUUUGUUCUUGUGCUAAAUCCUACUCGGUAUCAGCACCCAUUGGGAAUUAUUGUGAAAUGUAUUCUGUAAUAUUCAGAUCUGGCUAAUGAGAGCUGCGUUGAGUCUGAAUGCACUAAAUGAUGCCUGACGAACACUUAACUGAUUCAGAUCAGUAAAAAGUAGUUUUAAUUGGUAAAAUUUUAUAAGUUUAGCGCUCCUAGAGCUGAAAAAUGUCUAAAACAUGCAGGGGAAAGAAAGCACUAAAGUGAAUUAAAAGAGUGAUUACAACGUACAGUUUGAUGUGAAGUUGGGUUAAAAUGGUAAACAAAGUUUGGUCUUUUGCAUUUUUUACAUGAAGUGAAGUAAAAACUUGUGAUUUUGGAAGUUAUUCUCACAUCUUUACUACAUUUUCAGCUGUAAAAGUUUCUUUCUACAGUUUUUACAGCUUUGCAGUUAGAAUCAGAUAUCACUCAAGUAUUUCACAACAGAUGACAGAGCUGCUUUAUAUCUCUAGUACAUUCAGUUCUUCACAUCUCCCGAUUUGAUACAGAGACUUACCAUUUACUAGAGUUUUCCUGUUUUAGGUAACUUCAGUAAAAUCCAUCCAAAUGUUAAAGCUAUUUGCUCGACGUCCUCCUAAAUUAGGUGGGAUGAUGUUGGAUGUCCAAGCACUGGUGGAGCAAAGCGGCUGGAGAGUCCCCUCAUUUCUGAUGACCCAGAGAGCUGUGGUCAUCACCAGAAACUGUGUGUUUAAAAAGCCUGUCUGAGCUUUUCAGAAACUGCUAGUCUGGCUGUCAUGUGCCCUGAAAGAGGGGAAGUAUAGAUUCAGUGUGGCAGGGUGGUGUGUAUGUGCUGGAGUGAGAUAGAGGAUGCAUCAGUGUGUGACUGAAUAUACUAGGAUGCUCUCAAACAUUACUGUAUUUUGAUCACCAGCACAGAGCAGAGAGGACUAGAGAACUGUCAUCUACAAUCUUGGAACUUUGCCCCAAAGGGUGUCAUGGCUGACAAAAAUACGACCUGACAUCUGGAGACAAAUGUAGCUUUGAUACAGAUUUCAGAGGCGUAGCGUUUUAGGGAACGGAGUUGUGAGGUUCCCCUCAGGUGAACAUGGAGGUGCCAAUUCAAGAGAGAGUUUGUGAGUUAGUAGGGUUAGAAACCCCUUUGCAGUGUUGCUGAUGGCAGAGAGGCGGUCAGGGCAACGCACCGUGGUCAGGAGGGGACAUCUGCCUCCAUCUCUCUGGGUAAGACUUGACACCAAUUAGGUGGAAUCUGCACAAAAGCUGCUGAUGUGGGGGGUAAUUUAGGUAAACUCGACAUUUAGAGAAUUUGAUGGAUCUUGGGAGGACUAGUAUUCCUCAUCUGGUUUGUGUCACUCAAAAUUAACUGUUAUUGUCACAGCUGUUGAGUAUUAACAUGAAUCCACACAUAAGCCAGCAGGUUCAGUUUCUACGCCCUUCAGAAGCAAACUGUUGAUCUCGCUCUACUUUCUGGAGCGGCCUGUGGUCCAGCCAGCCCUAAAAACCUAUGUCAUGCAAAUGCUUUUAAAACAGACUAGCUUUCCACUCCCUAAAUGUAAACAGUUAGUUUACAUGAUGUCUGUGUACACUAGAACUUCACCCUCUUCACCAGGAUAAACCUAAAGUACUGUGCCUUUUUUUAUGUCCUGCAGUAUCAAACAUGCAGAACUGUUCAAUAGAUCUCAUCUGACUCUCUUCUAGUUGACCUUUAGCCCUUUAAUCAUUCAACAUCUUAUUCCAAAGGUCGGUAUGAUUCACUCAGACCUCUGGAAGCUUCUCAGUCAGACAUGAAGACGUCCUGUUUUGGACAUAACUUUGGUAGAAAAGUCCCAAACCAUGAAUAUUGUGGGCCAGCUGGCAGAGACCGUGUUCGUGACGGUAAAGGAGCUGUACCGCGGCCUUAACCCCGCCACUCUCACCGGAGGGAUCGACGUCAUCGUGGUGCGGCAGCCCGACGGGUCUUUCCAGUGCUCCCCCUUUCAUGUCCGCUUUGGGAAACUCGGCGUGCUGCGUUCCAGGGAGAAAGUUGUGGACAUUGAAAUCAACGGAGAGCCGGUCGACCUGCACAUGAAGCUUGGAGACAAUGGAGAGGCUUUUUUUGUGGAGCAAAAUGAAAAUAUGGAGGUCCCAGCAUAUCUGUGCACCUCCCCGAUUCCUCAAGAGGCCCCUGAGAAAGUUGAGGAGACACCAGAGGGGCUCCUAGGGACCGGAUCUGGCGCCCGCAGGAAGAAGCGUCGGCGUAAACGUGUGCGUUCGGAUCCCCACCUGAGGGAGGAGGUCAGCUCCUCGUCUGAGGAGAGAGAGAAGGAGAGUGAGAGAGAAGCUGAUCUGGCUCUGUGGGACAGUCCCGGAUCAGAGGAGCUGUCCACAGUGCUGCAAAUCAGUAAAUCAGUGUAUUACUCAAUGUCUGAGGAGCCAGGCGCUGCACAGACCAAAGAUGCUCAUCCAUAUUCUGAUGGAGAGCAGUCGCCCACAGAAAACAGCGUGUUCUACAGCCGCCCCGAUUCCCCUAAAAGUGACUCUGAGCUUCUGCUUAAAUCCCCGGAGUCCUCUGGGCCUCAGAUGCAGUGGAACUGGGGGGGCUUUCCUCAGCUUCGUCAGCCAGAGAAGACUCCAGCAGACCUGCAGGUCAUUCCUCCUGCAGGCGUUUCUCAUUUCCGCACCAUUGAGAGGCAGGAAUCCUUUGACUUGGACUGUGACUCUGCGAUCAGCUGUGGACGGGCGGGAAGCGUAACUGUUGUGAAACCACAGCCGAGGACGUUGGACAACCUCUCCAUCCGAACCAGUGCCUUCUCCUGGGAGAAGAACUCUCGUGGUGGCCUUUCUACCCAAAGGGACCUUUUCCUGUCUUGUGUCUCAUCCGGGGACUUGGAUUCAUUUGAGUCACUUGAAUGUAUUCGGGGACAGGAGGAGAAAAGAGACUUGUCUCCUAAUUUAAUAAGCAACACUACUGAGCAUGUUUGUUCUGUGAUUGAUUCAGUUAGCCAGAGAAAUGAUAACAGUGUGAACACUGAAACCAAACCAAACACUGAUCCUAAACGGGUCGUACAAGAAAACGGUGACCACAGAGUCCUAGAGACAGGCGACACUGAUCACUGUUCAGAGGAAAGGGACGAGGACAGUCCAGCAGGAGGUCCACCCUCUGAGAAACAUCCUGCGCAGGCCGAAGGGAGAGACACUGGAGUCAGCUCAGCAACCUCCGCUGAUGCAUCCUCCAGACAACAGGACAAGAAAAAAGGUAAACGAAACCAGCAUCUAGGACCCACGGACAUUUACCUGGAUGAUCUGACCACACUGGAGCCUGAGGUGGCUGCUCUUUAUUUCCCCAAAGCAGAGGCAGCGCUCCAUCAGGGUGCGGAUCUGUGCUCUGGCUCGGGCAGCCAGUCUCCUCAGUCGGUGGGCAGCGCAGCGAUGGACAGCGGCACCGAAUACCUGUCCGAUUCCACCUGCUACAACAUUGACAUCAGCAUGUCCCUCUGUGGGAAGGAGGGAGACACCAGCCAGAUCACUAAAGAAACGUUUAAGGAGCACCUCGUGACGUACCAGGAUUUUGUCUCCAAUCCAGGAAUCAUGGAGGAUCCAAGUCUCGUCAUUUGCAUCAAUUCUAACUAUUACAACUGGGCAGUGGCCGCUCCCAUGAUCUUGUCGAUGACCGCUUUCCAGAAAAACCUACCUAAGAGUACAGUAGAACGCCUGGUGAAGGACAAGAUGUCCAAAAGGUCCGGACGCUGGUGGUUCUCCUGGAGACGAAGAGACUCGGAAAGCAACCAGCAAAAACUCUCAAAAGAGGAGCCAGAAGAAGCCCUAGCCAGUGUUUCCUCCACUGUUACAGCCACGCUGGACGACGUUUACAGCGAUGAGGCAGCAGGACUCGGCCGAAAAGCGGUCAUUCCUCACAGCCUUUCCACAGAAACCGUCGCCGUGACUCAGACCAUCAGCCAGCUGUACCGCAAAUCUCUACGUCUGACUUCUAAACAGAUCGAGAGUCUAAAUCUGCACGAAGGAGCCAAUAAAGUGGUGUUUAGUGUGACCACGCAGUACCAGGGCACCUGUCGCUGUGAGGCUGCCAUCUACCUGUGGAGCUGGAACGACCGUGUCAUCAUAUCAGACAUCGAUGGCACCAUUACCAAGUCUGAUGCUUUGGGUCAUAUUCUGCCACAGUUUGGAAAGGACUGGACACACAAGGGAAUUGCAAAACUGUACCACAAAAUACACCAAAAUGGCUACAAGUUCCUGUAUUGCUCAGCGAGGGCCAUCGGUAUGGCCGCCAUCACUAAAGGCUACCUGCAGUGGGUUAACGACCAGGGCAUCGUCCUUCCUAAAGGCCCCGUCCUAUUGGCUCCCAGCAGCCUCUUUUCAGCACUCCACAGAGAGGUGAUUGAAAAGAAGCCGGAGGUUUUUAAGGUCGCCUGUCUGAGUGACAUCAGAGAUUUGUUCAACACACACAGACAACCGUUCUACGCCGCCUUUGGCAACAGGACCAAUGAUGCUUAUGCCUACAAGCAGGUCGGAGUUUCUGAAGCCAGAAUAUUCACUGUCAACCCAAAAGGAGAACUCAUCCAGGAGAUGGCUAAAGGCAACAAGUCCACGUACAGCCACCUCAGUGAGUUAGUGGAACAUUUCUUCCCCGUGCGCUCUGCUGAGAGCAAUGCUCCUUCUGUGCUCGUCUGUCCUGAGUUCAGCAGCUUCUCCUACUGGAAGGAGCCUCUGCCAGAGCUGGACAUGACCACACUGCUGUAGACACGCUCCAUACUUAAACACAAAUUAGGACUUUGCAGAUUUUAGCCAGUCUGGCUGCCUUUAAUCAUCUUCAUAAGUGAAUCAGAGGUGUGUGUGUGUGUGUGUGUGUGUGUGUGUGUGUGUGUGUGUGUGUGUGUGUGUGUGUGUGUGUGUGUGUGUGUGUGUGUGUGUGUGUGUGUGUGUGUUUAUGAAAUGGUAUUUAUAGCUCCAUGUACUAAAUGUAGUUUAAAGACAUAUUAGCAUGUAUUUAGAUUGUUUUUUGGGCUGUUUGGCCAUGAGCAGCACUAAGUAAAUGAGUUUGCUUCUCUUGGUUCUCAUUAGUUUUUUAAAUUCAAGUGUUCUUAAACUCAUUUAACUCUUAAAUGCAAAUUAUUUAGAGGUGUGGAAAAGAGGCUGACUCAAUUUUAGAAGGCAAAUACAGCCAAUAUCGCCUUUAUUGUACAAAGACUGCUGAAUCUGAUGACAUGAUUCUACACUGAACAUGUUAGUCUGGCGCCAAAUAUAAGAGGAUGAACGAGCAGUGAGUUUUAUUCCAGGUGUGAAAGAGGAACUUUUAAGUGAUUUUUUGUUAGAUCUUUGUCUUUAUGGUUCUAUUUAUUAUUUAUUCAUGUUUUUUGUCACUAGGCUGAUAAUUUUUUAUGUCAUAAACCGAAUGUCAAAAAAUACAAAAUAUUUCAGAUAACAUUUGCCACAUUUGGUUUGGUUUUAAAUUUGUUAUUUACUUGUUUCUAGAAUGUAUACACUUCUUUCUAAUAGCAAUAAAGAAAGAUUAAUUGGUUUUUUGGUGUAUUUUUUUGUUUGUUUGUUUGUUUUACCUGAAAUGAGCCCAUUUUCCUAAUAAACAACUAUAAAUGGUAGGCCCCAGCCUGAA